AUGGCUGCUCCCAUUGCGGGUGCUGCAGCAACGCAGCUCUUUGAGGACUUGCAAGGCAAGGCAGCCAAGAGCGAUCCUGGCACUGCCAUCGCGCUCGACGAGGAAGCGCUCUUGCGUAUUCAGGCCCUCCAGUCCAUCAAGUUGCAGUUCUUCCAGCGAUGCAAGGUGCGCUUUCCAGCAGCGCAGCUGCCUGGUGCUAGGCCUUACUCGACGUUGAGUAGAGCUGCGACCAAGAAGAACUUGGAGGUCUACCCUGUGUUUCAGGUGUGCACCUACCUCAUCGGCUGGCCACGGAGGCUUUGGCCCUCGACGCAGUCGACUUUCCAGGCCCCACUUGCUGUGGUUUGGAAAUGCCACCAUCGUGCAGUGAUGUUGGUGCAGCAAUCGCCAUGGCGCAAUCGCCUGCGGCUGCAAGCCAUGAGAAACAUUUUCAAGGGUCAAAUUCAGAUGGCCACGAAGCUUCGUGCUGUGCAGAUAUAUUGCGCCCGGCAUGGCAAUCUGGGCAGUGUCUUGAGCAGCAGGUGCGCAGGUACCAAAACAGGGAGCAUCUCUGUGCCUGGCCUUUGA